AUGGUUUCACCAAAAAGGGUAUUAUUUAUCUCAGUCUUUGUUGUCACCGCUUGCAUCGACGUGGGCGAAGCAUUUGCAGGCCCACGCGAAGUAGGUACCUACGUCUGGAAUGCCGCCAGGAACUUGUGGAAGAGAGCACCAGAACCACCUUUAAAAUUCCCCGAGCCAACAGAACUCCCGGAUCCCUACAUAGCUUCCGCGACGACCACGAAGCUCGUCAGCGUCGACCGCGCUCUCGCCAAGGACAGAAAUAUCAAGCGCUGCAGGGACGGAGAACUGGGAUAUGAUUACGGUAGACUAACAUAUGAUUCAAAUCAUCAUGAAAUCUGCACCUACUCUUUGCAUCGAUCGGAUGCCAGCGAAAAAGUUAAUCGCGACACUAUCAUCAAACGUCUCAACGAUAACAGAAAAAUGGCAAUCGCUAUCAACGGGACAUUUUUGAUACGCAGUAAAAUUGGACCGGGUGAAGUAGAGCUUACCAAAGGCUGGCUGCAAAGUACUACAGAGUGGUCCAACAAUCCUGGCAGACACGGCAUUGACCUCAAGGACGCAUGUCAGCUCUGCACCUCGGUCGACGACAACUACAUCAUCCCCCGCGGGUAUGUCAGGAAGGACGGCGUGCAGCAAUGCACGUGUAAGAAGUGGGCGAAGAGGGGCGAGAAGUUCGAGGUAGGAAAGGCACAUGAUAACGCGAUUGCGGAUGUGCAGAAGGAGCACACAGUAUGCAGGUCGGGUGUGCAAGGAAAGGAAAUUGAAAACUACUCGGGGAAACUGUUUGGGGAUGCGGAGAGACUAGGAGCCGUGUGUCCACAACUCUUGAAGGAUGCCCUCAAACAUUAA